UUUAAGUCAGAGUCUCUUGUAGCAUCUAUGCUUCUCUUGAAUAAAUUAAUAAAGAAUCUUUCUGAGGAUCAAAGAAUUAUGGUUAAUAAGGAUAUAAUCCCUUUUAAGCUAUCUUGUACAGUGCUAUUGGAACAUCUUUGUGAUGAUGAAACAAGUAUUAUGAAGUGUGUUUUGACUCUGUGGACAACAAUUUUCUCUAAUAAUGAGCAAAAUACUGUUUGUUUAAAAGACUACAUAGCUGGUAGUCAAGUGCGAACAUUUCAAGUUUUGGCAUUUACACUUAUAAAUCUGAUGGCUGAUGAGAGAGAAGAACUUGGUGUUGAAGCUGUAAAAUGUUUUCAAGCACUCUGUUAUCAUGUUUCUUCAGAUUCUUCUAAUAUCUCAUUUGAGCUGAUUAUUUGCAGUGAUUGGUUGGAGCUGUUGUAUUCUUUCUUUAGCAUUCGGUACACUGAUAACUUACCACUACAUUUUAAGGAACUUAAAAAUCAUUUUAAUAAACAAGUGAACUAUUAGCUGGUUUUACUAUUAUUUAGUGUAUGUACAUGUAUAUAUCUAUUAUGGUUGCAAACAUUAUUAUUGAUUGAUUACAACAUUUAUUGCUAGACUA